UCGGUCGCUAUGGAGAACAGCUCUCCAGGAGCGCGAGCCAGCCAGCCACAGAGAGAGCAGGGACGAGCGAGGAGGAGGACGGAUUCUAGAGUGCCACAGCGCACAAAACAGUCAGGAAUCAUGGAGAAAAGAGCCCCGCUCAGGACGACUUUGCCACCAAACGGACUGCGACUUUUAACGACACUUCUCACCUUGUACGGACUUACCUCAGGUGUAUCCAGUAACCAGGUGGUUGUUCCUGAGAACGUGAAUGCUGUGCUGGGGAAGAACAUCACACUGAGCUGCAGAAUAGAGGUGGGCUCCAACCUCAGCCUCACACAGAGCUCCUGGGAACGUCGUCUUCCUUCAGGCACCAUUACCCUGGCAGUGUUCAACCCUGAGUUUGGAAUCUCCAUUGCUCCAGAGUAUGCCAAACGUGUCUCGUUUGUUUCCCCGUCUGUACGAGAUGCCACAAUCACCAUUGAAGGAGCUGGCUUUUCAGACAUCGGGUCCUACAUCUGCAAAGUGGCAACAUUUCCUCUGGGCAAUACACAAGCAUCAACCUUUGUUAAUGUAUUAGUGGAGCCAAAAGUCUACGUGUCUGCUGGCCCCACAGCUCUGCUGGACGGUGGGAAUGAGUCGCUGGUGGCCACCUGCAUAGCAGAACGUGGCCGUCCUGCUGCUGAGGUAUUCUGGGAGACGGAGCUAUAUGGACGAAGUGAGAAGCAAAGUCAAGACGAGGCCAAUGGCACCAGUACCACACAUGUUCGCUACAUGUGGCAACCUCAGAGCUAUGCCCAGGGGAAGACGCUCACCUGUGUAGUUCGCCACCCGGCCCUGAUUACAGAGUUUCGCAUACCCUAUGUGCUAAAUGUUCAGUUUGCACCGAUGGUUACAGUCUCAGGAAUUGACAAAAAUUGGUUUGUGGGUCAAGAUAAUGUGAAGUUCACCUGUGGGGCCAAAGCCAACCCACCGACCCGUCGCUUCACAUGGAACAGGUUGGAUGGAUUGAUGCCUGAGGGUGUUGAAAUCUCAAACAACACUUUUGCUUUCACUCGCCCAUUGGAGCGCAACGACUCUGGAGUGUACCGCUGUGAGGUGCUCAACGACAUCGGUCUCAGCAGUAAAGAUGUAAACCUCUGGGUACAAGAUCCUCCCCCUACCACGGCCUCCCCCAGCACCACUGCAUCCGUCCUCCACGACACCUCUGGAGCCGGCACCGCUGUCGACCAGCAGAGAGCCUUGUUCACCUCCCCGACCCUGGCCUCCCUACCUGACAGCAGCCUGGGCACCAUAGUCGGCGGGGCCGUAGGUGGAGUUUUAUUUCUGAUUCUCCUGCUGAUCCUGGGUGGAGCCUGCUUCAUGCGACAGCGCAGGACCUUUAGAGGAGACUACUACACCAAACAGUACUUGGGACCCUCUGACAUGCAGAAGGAGUCUCAGCUGGAUGUGCUGCAGCCACACGAGCUGCAGGAGGUCUACGGGGACAAGACGAGUAAAGGCAGCCAGGAGCUGAAACCCAAACUGGGUGGAGACAUCAUUUACCCAGACUACACCCCAGAGCGCAAGGAUAGGGAUGACUGGGCUGACAGGGGGGACAACCACAGGGGCCUCAAGGAGGGAAACUACUACCCUGAUCACUACAACAACCAAAACAUGCACCCAUGUGGGCCUCCUGUGCACAGCACCAUAGUAAACAACGGCUCGCCCUACCUCCCGGAGGACUGCUAUGACAAUGGUACAGACAGCGACUAUGUGUCCCACAUGGAUGGGUCUGUGAUCUCACGCAGGGAGUGGUAUGUUUGAGAAGAAACUGGCAGUGACUGACUGAGAAUAAUUUAACAAGUGACAGAUAUAAGUAUCAUUACAGGCCAUGCCAUUUCAGUCAGAGGAUGAAAACAUUUUCCCCGCUCAGUUUCACAGUGAGCUCUUUGAACAAAACUGCUCUGCCUUGAUUGUAACCACUUAACCUUAAGGACGCGGAUGUGGAUCGUAUCACACUUCUGUAGCCUAUCAAUGGAGCCACAAAUGAGCUGGAACACUCCCUGUAUGGGCUGAAGGAGCUAUGACAGACAGUGAACUUUCAACUGAUGUGAAUGAGGUUUUGUAUUCUGCUUUUUUUUUGCACCUGUCUUUAACACAGGUCACAGGUCAGGUGUUCAGACCCUUGUUAGUGAAGUAUUUAUACCCCUGGCUGACUGAGCUCUACUCCCAUAAAACCUCACAACUUCUGUGGCAUUUUGAAAACAAGUUUCUCGAAUGCUUACAGUGUUUUUACCACGCAGGUGAAAUGUUCAUCAUGACUGCAGUCAGUAUUAAAGGCAAGUUAUAAUGCAUGAUUUUUUUAAAACAACGAAACGUAUCAUCAAGUUAAAGGGAAAGUUUGGUUCAUGGUUUAAAGGGAGUAUUACACAGGCAUUUGACUGAGGAAAAAAAGAGUAAUGCUAGUUACAGGAUGACAUUUCUUGGGUUCAGUUUUUCAGUCGCUUUUUCAAACUUUUAAGCGUUUACUGUAAAUAAUUCAUGGAAUGGCAGGCCUAUAAUCUAACAGAGAAGAUGGCACAGAGCGUUAGAGGUCACUCCCAAUGAAAAAGCUCUUAAUUUCAGCUUCUCUUUAGCUCAAAGAUAUCUCUAUCCCUGAAGUUUCUUUCUCAAGUCUUCAGUCCUGGUUUAUUUGGCAAGACCCAUACUUAUAGAGUAACAGCAGGUGUGAUUUAAUACUCCAGAAAACACUCUUUAAGCAGCUGCUUCAUUAUCAAUGAGGAUGAACAGCUGGUGUAUCUGUUUACAAUGCAGCCAAACAAACUUGCCUUGUUUUAAUGAAGACAGCAGUCAAUAAUAGUUAAAACUACAAUCACAUUUUGUGCUGCAGCUCAUCAGAGCUUCAUGAAGCAGCUCACUAUAGCUGCUGCUUUGUCUUCCGAGACUCACUCAUAACAUAAAAUCAGCCACUGAAAAAACUGCAGAGAAAGAUGUUUUUUCAUAGGCAUAUUUUUAAUGAAUUAGCGCAGCACUGAUGGCUGAGAAUAUUUUGUUUCUAGUGGAGCUUUUCUCUCAAUGCUACCCACAUUUCACCAGUCAAGUGCAAGCCUUGUAGUGAGCAUUAAGGAUAAACCAGCUCAGCUUGAAUGCAGUGUUAAAGACCGCACACCAUAAACAGAGAGACUGAUAGCAACAAGAUGAAAUUGUACAAGAUAAUAUGUAUGAACUUGUUGACUCUCUACUCCUCAAUCCUUUGAAUGGAAAUCUGGAUCAACAGCUGACUCCAAAACAACCAAUAAAAUUUACUGAGAGGCUACUGCAGUAAAUGUCGACCAUAAAAAGUACUGAAAGAGGCCUCAAAUUUCAUGAGGUUCAACAAUAAUGUCAUCAGAUAUAUUAUUAUUAAUAAAAUGUGUCACUUUCUUUCAGUUAAAAAGCACAACUCUGUUAUUAAAGUUGUCUGUAAACAUCAAAAGAAGCCAACCAGGCCUCAUCUCUCUGCACUUAGCCUUGAUAACAGGCUGCACAGCUGUCUUUUCCAUUUCCCUUCCUCUGAAUCCUCUGAUUUCUGUCUGCACUACCAACACCAAUUGGUCAUUAUAGUUUUUAUUUUAAACGUAGAAUCAAAGAAAUGAUAUGUGAUUAUCACAGCUGUCAUCAUGUGGAGUUAUGUGGCUCCAUAAACCACCAACCGUUUCACUGCUGCUGCUUGACACCCCACAGUCCCGAUUCACGACGAUAAAUAAGCAGAAAACAUGUAGAACAGAGGUUCAGGGAAAGGAGCAAUAAUAAACUGAUCCUUUGCUUCAGUUUGUGCGCGUUUGAAGUAUGAUUGUGUGGAUACCUCACUGCAGGGCUGGAAGCAGUGUGAGCAGCUGACAUCACUUCUGAUCACAGAGCCGGCUGUAAUGUUGGGGUUUGGCUCCUCUGCAGCGUCUCUGAGGAUACUCAGCGAUCAUGGAAAACUAGAAAUUCAAUCCACGAGUGAAAAGAACCAGCUACGUUAAAGCUGUCUGUGUAAUAGCUCCCCGGGGGAUAUGUAUAUUUUUCUUCUUUUCCCUACAAACAACAAACCCAGCAGCUUUAAUUGAAACAAAGAGGUGACAUCAUGAGUGAUCUCAUCUCUCAGAGCUUGAUUUGACCUUACACUUUCCACUUAGUGCUCCCUUUUUUUAUUCCUCAGGAAUGAUACAUGGAUCAAAGUGGCCUCUGCAAAGCCGCACAUGAAAGGGAAAACAGACCCUUUUUGGAAAGAUCCCUGCUUAGUCAAUCAGGCUGUUUGUUGCUAGAAGAAGGAGCCAUAUAUGUGUGUUACAGUCAGAGAAGGGGUUGGGUAUAUUUUUGAGGUCUACGUCUUUCUUAUUGGGGUUUUUAUAAAUUGUGGGUGAACAUUCAUUUUCCCCUCCUUUUUUUAACCCUUCCCCGCCCUUCUUUUCCCAAGCCAGAGCUUUGAUUGGAAGGUUUAGAUGUCUGAGAAUAAACUACUUUAAUCCUGCUCUCACCCGGCUGCUGCACAUCUGCCACUGAAGCCCACAUUCAAGGAGCAGCCCUCACCUCAAGCCUUCAGCUUUUAAUUAACUUCUCAUUUUUUCUCUCAUUGCGCUUGGCAACAGAAUCACUCUGAUAUAUGGCUCGUCAGUGUUUGCAUGCACACAUUUUUUUCUAAUCAGCUGAUUCAUGGCUGUCAGCUUGUUUCUAAUUUGGUUAAGUUGCUCCAUGCAAACUGAAGUCUUUUUUUUUCUCUUUAAUCUCUUUGACAAAUGAGCUGAAGUGAUGAAUGUUUUGUAAAGUUCAGCUUUGGUCACUCACCCACUGUUAUGCAUGUAAAUUAAGUUAUUCGCCACGUAUGUUUGUUAUCUCUCAUCACUAAUGUUUAUAGACAUGUACAUAAUGCUGAUAGGUUAUCAUAGGAUUAGCUUUUUGAUUUCUAUGUUGGUGUACAGAUGUUCUGGUCUCCCCUACUGAAUAGUUGGUGCCUUAGAUGGGCUGAGCAAUGCACAGAAACUUUGAAAAUACAGCAAAUACUGAAAGCAUUAAUAUAAAGAAUACUGAUAUCAUUGCAGAGGAGGACUUACUGGUCCGUUUUUAAGUCUUCCAUCUUAUUUAAGAUUUGCUGGUAUCAAAACAUCAAAAUUGACAAAAGGUUGAUUGUCAUGCCUUAUAUACUUUGAAAGGACACAUGUAACAAGUUAGUUACAGAGAACAAUCGUACUAAGUUCACUGGGAAUUUAGGCAAGCCAGAUUCAUAGAAAAUAUUAUUGUCCUGUAAAUAUGCUGGCUGUUUUUUAUUAUUAUUGAAAAAAAAUCUUAUUUUUUGUAUGAGGUCUGUAAUUUUCACAGAGUAUGAGUUUUUUGUUGCGAGCGGCUUUUGUCUCAUAAAACCAUAAAAGGAUGAUGCUGUUCCCACUGCAUUUUUAUAUUUGUUCUUGGGAGUUUCUGACCAAUUAUUUUCUAUGUUGUUCUUUGAAUGAUUGAUGUCUCGCAGGAAUCAGACAUGGAAGUGUGUUAGAUUGUAUUUUGUUGUUUUUGUUUGCAAUAAAUAACUGUCAUUAUUGCACUCAAACGUGCCCCAGUAUUCUGUUCUGAGAGAAGAGAUUAUUUUUCCAUUAUUAGAGUUCUUCAUUUCCCAUCAGCUGUUUUAGAUGAAACUCUAAUUUAAUUAUUUAAGAUACUGUUUUCCGGACAAACUUAUAAGCAAGAUGGGAAGAGUUCUGGUUUCAUUUUGUAGUUCAAGCUGUGCUGACCAAUUAACAUAAAACCUGGUGUAUAAGGCUGCAGUCUGUUUUUCAGAGUCUGCCUAAAGGGUUCAAGGGUUUAAACUGCCUCCUCUGUGACCAUUUCCAUGUUCAGUAAAGUCUACAGUGUAGGAUUUUUGACUGUGUCACUCUUAAAUUCAGGCCUGCCCACAGAAUUGGCUGCGCCCCUGAAAACCCAGAGAAUGGGCCCGCCCCGGCUGUGAUUUCUUGAUGAUAUCACUGCAUUUUUCUUGGACCAGUAGCCUUACGUCAUGGCUAACAGUUACUUUAUUUUGAAGUUGAAAAGUAUGUUAAGCUGCUAUUGGGCUCUGAUAGAAUUAUUCAUGCAACUCGUAAACCCAUUUUUAUCAUCGUUUCUGCCCAUUCUUGUCACAUUUCUUUCACUUGUAACCAAUUUGGCAUCUUUUGAUCUAUUUUUGCCUCUUUCAUGCAGCGUUGCACCUUUUUCUGCCCAUUUUUCCCCUUUCUUGCAUUUCUAAACCCAUUUAUGCAGCUUGUCUGCAAUGUCUGCCACUUUCUGACCAUUUUCACCACUUUUUGUAAUUUUUAAGCCAUUUUUUCAGAUUUACACCUUUUUGUCUUUUUUCAGUUAUUUCAUUACUUUUCCCUUGAGGUUAUUUCAGUGUCCUCUGCUUUGUUUGCUGAC